AUGGAGUUGUACGGGUGUUCUACUCUGGAGACAAACCCAGCACCAACCCUCCCAAGCCCAAUAGAGAAAGCGCUUGUGCGAGAUGAUCAAGCAAACCAGCAUUUGCAAAUUAGAAAGACGGAUGCGUCCUCCGUGCACCUCUGUCUGUGCGAGUCCUUAUUUAGCAGCGUGCCGAAAAACGGAAUUUACGGAGAGAACAGUGCAGGGAUUUCCAUCAAUUACCAUUAUAAAAGUAAUUGUAGCAGAAAACAGAAAAAAAAGAAAUAA